AUGAUUGUGAAAAAUGUGAAGCUAGGAGUCAGCUAUGGAAUCGUGAACCCGUGCCAGGAGUUGAUCACCCAAUGGAUCAAUCUCACUUAUAUGGAAAGAAGUGGCACUUUUGUUAGUGAGACAAAUCUCAAUCUCAUUUGGGCUCUCGUAGUCGGCAGCGUUUCGUUGGGAGCACUUGCUGGAGCUCUUCUUGUCAGGGUUCUUUCUGAGCGAUGUGGCCGUCGGAAUGCUCUCAUUAUCAACGGGAUUUUCAACAUUAUCGGUGCUUUUUGCGAGCUGAUCGCAAGGUCGGCUAGACAAACAGCUCGUUACGCAACGCUGGCUAUCGGUGUCGUCUACUUUUUGUUCGCUUGUUCGGCUCCUUUGUUGAUUGAUCGAGUUGGGCGAAGACCACUUUCUCUCUUCCAAUUGAUCGCUUGUCUCAUCGCUUUAUCGCUGCUCACUCUGUUCACAGGAAUUCAACAGUACGGACAAGCGACUUGGGCAAGUUACGGAACGAUCGGCGCGCUCGUUUUGUACAUGUGCGUCUAUGGAGUCGGCUCGCCGAUUCCCUGGAUGAUCACCGGAGAGCUUUUCAAUCAACAUUUCCGUUCAACGGCUGUCACGGUCUCGGUCUUCGUCGCUUACCUCAUGGCGACGAUUAUCUCAUCAGCGUAUCUACCAUUUCAACAGAUGGUGGGUGUCACGUUCAGCUACAUGCCUUUCAUUGUGGUGAGUUGUAUCUCGAUUGUCGUUCUCUACUUCAUUCUACCCGAAACAAAGAAUCGUGAUGUGAAUGACAUUGUGAAUGAGGCGAGAGCUCGGAAUCACUCGCUCAGUGUCGGACUGCCGUGGAAUGCGGUGUCGCAAGAGGGACGGACUGAGAUGAAGAAACUUCUCGACGACAUCUCUGAGGGAUAUUCAUCAAUUUCUAAC